CGCUAUCCAGCCCUCCGAGUCAAGUAAGUUUCCCCUUCCUUCUCUACUUUCUUUCCCGGUCAUGUCUUCUUUUAGCGAUAGGAUUUCGUCCUCAGAGGACCGCUCCUCUGAGGACUCCAACUCAUCUUCCUCGACCGGGUCUUCUUCUCCUGACUCCACGCCCGGUCAGGUUCCCAACUCCUCUAUUCCCGACCUGCAUCCUGUUAAUCAGAUGCCCGGUGAAGUUUUCAUGGGGAGGGAUGACCCAGUUGAUGACGAACCGGGUCCCUAUGACCUUGAAAACGAAACCCGGGAUGCGUGGGAGGAGCGGCUUCAUGCUGCCGAUAUGGAGUUCGAGGAGUUCGCUAUCCCUGACAACCAACCAGCGGGAGACACCGGGGGCUCCCAAGCCAACCCUGCCAAAACCUUCCCGGUCCACCAGGAGACCGUGGAGAUUUUGGAUGAGGACGAACCCGAAGAUAACCGGUCUAAGGGGAAAGAGAAAGAGAAGACCGGUCGUCGGACCAAGAAGGUGGCCACCAACCAUCCCUCUGCCAUGAACAAGAGGCAGAGGACAGAUCCCUGUGCGGCCCAUCAGACCGUGGAGGAGGCCUACAUCAACCUUGGUCUGCGGCUGAGGGAGGUUGGGGAGAUUGGGCCCAUCACUGCCGACCGGUUGGGAAUGGACUCUCCAACCGAGGUGGCCAGGCUGAAGAAGAAGAACGAAGAGCUGGCCCUCAUCCUAAAGAGCCAGACGGAUGAGUUGGCCAAGUUGUCAAAGAUGGUCGGGUCCCUGGGGGCAGAGAACACCCGGUUGAAGGAGGAGAACGGUCAGCUGCUGGACGAGGUCUCCGAAACUAAAAGGGAGAUGGCGGAAAAGGAAGAAAACUUCCUCGGGCGCGCAGCUGCCUGGGUUGAGGAAAACAAGGCCGAAGCUGCCCGGGUGAUGAUGCCGAGCCCAGAAGCGACCAUGGAAUCCUUCAGGCUUCUGUACCGGGAGCCUGAAGGAAAGAAGAUGAUAACCGCGAUUGGGUCCUUCGGAUUCAAAAGCGGCCAAAUAUUUGGCCGGGAAGCCUCCCACCGGAUCCUCCUGAAGAGAGACCCGGCUUUCACCGCGGCUUCCUACGUAAUACCCCAACAAGAUGAUGCGUUGAGAAAGCGUACGGGACAUUUGAUGCGCCGCGCAUACGCCUUCGUGGACUUCCACUAUGACUCGUUCAGCCUCCCUAUUGUGAUAUGGAAAUUGGAUAUCUUGAUCGGAAAUGCCAGAGACAAAAACAAAAGCAACUGCCAGUGCAUCGCAAGGCCAUACACUGUUCAAGGUCUCCUUGAUGAACUCAAAACCUAUGAGCACGAGCUGAAAAAGAAGAAGGAAGAACAAGUCACUCCCUUCCCCACGGCAUUGAUGACAACUUCAAGAAUUCCAUCAAGUGAAGGGACAUGCACAAGAAACUGUGACACACCUUCCUCUAGCCAGCCGUCAAGCUCAAAAAUGGAGAACUACGAAGAGGAUUUUGCCAUGAUGGUCAAACAAUUCCGGAAGUUCAAGAAGUUCUUCAAGAAGGCUGAUUCAAUCAGAAGGCCAUCCAAGGGAAAGCCACAGCAUGACCAUGAGGUUCUGGAUCUAUCAGACAAGGAUGAAGAAGUCAAUAAAGGAGAUAGAAUGAAGCCCACGGAGUUCAUUCCAUUCAGAAGUCUGCCUCUGAAGACUUCACAGAGAAAUCCGGACUCAGACAGUGCUGAGCCCUCCGGAAAUUUUGGCCAGCCUUCCAAUAUUCCGGAUCUCUCAAACGACGAUAAUUCUGGAAAUGGCGACCUAGUGCAAAUCCAUCCGGAAACACCAACAACUUCUGUUCUUCAACCAGAAGCUGAACUAAAUCAACCAGUCAAUCCCAAUCAACACAAUCUUCGUUGGUUAAGGAAUCAUCCUCCUCAACAGAUCAUCGGAGAUAUUCAAUCUGGUGUUCGCACAAGGAGUGCCCAACAGAAUCUAAAAGCUAUGCUUGCUUGUUUCAUCUCACAACUUUCGCAAAAGAAAUUGGGAGAAAAGCUUCGCCUUCCCAAUUCUGGAGUUGAAGUUGGGAAAUUUCCAGUCAAAAAUCUGGACUGGAACAUCAUUGGAAUCUCUGGGCAAGUUCCUUCUGGCCCAGCGAAGAAAGCAGAUCUAAACAACGAUUACAAGUUGGUUUUGGAACUGGUCAUCGCUUGCCUCGAGUGUGGAAGUGGAGUUAAAGGGAAAAAGUAUGAAGCCAGAUACUGGCUGUACUACUUAUCCUCCAAAGGAGAAAACAGAGCUAGUGCUAGUGCCACUGCAGAAGAAAGCUCAUCAGACAAUGUUCCACUCAUCAAUUUCGCAAAGACUACCAAGAGAAAGCAUGUGGUGUCUCCUUCUCCCAGUGAUGAAGCACCACAGAAUCUUGCUCCAAUAAAUCUUGAAGAAGAAGAAGAAUCCUCUGACCAAGGAGAACUUCAAAGGAAAAAGAAGAGGAAGAUCCACUCUCCAUCAACAUCUGGAAAUGUCAAUCCGGAUGAAUUAAAGGAGAAGGAACCUGCUGAGGAAACAUCUGCUCAAAACCGGGGCCCUCAACAACUUGAAGAAGAAAUUCCUCAAGUCCAAAGCCUUCCAACCUCAUCACCUCAACCUCAAAUAGAUGAUGCAGAUAACCAAUUCUGGCAGCUCUACUAUGGAAUACCAGUCAACCACAACUGUGAACAAAUUUUGGAUGACUACUGGGUAUGGCAAAGGAAUCCUGAAGACUUGCAUCUGGAAUACCUGGCCAACACACCAGUUUCUGACUUUGAAGCAGAUGAUGAAGAUCCUGCAGUCUUCAAGUCAAUCUUCUCAAAAGACACAGAAGAUCAAGUGGUUUUCACUUCUGAAGCACAAGGUGUUUUGGAAGCAGCAACUGAAGAUUUCCAAACACUUCCGGAAACCUCACAUGUUUCUGAAAUGGUUCUAACUGAAGUUGUAGAAGAGAAGGCAGCCUCUCCCUCACAAGAACAGAACCAGGAAACAGCAGAUGAAGAAGAAUUUCAGCCACUAAUCCAAUCUCAAGUUUUGGAGAUUCCCAGCACUCCUUGUGAGAUCUCCAAUCCUACUGAAAUUGAGAUCCCGGAAAAGUCAGCAGAAAUUCUGGAACAGUCAGCUCUUCCAGAAACAGUGGAGCAAGCUGUUGAAGCACAAAGGAAUUCUGGAGAAGCUGCAAAGGAAACUCAAAUGGCAGAACUAGAGGUCUCUGAAACUCCAGUAGCCAUUUUUGAAGAAGAGAAUACAGCUGAAGAAAGAGACUCCCUCUCUAGGGAUAUAUCAAAUUUUGCGCUUGAAGCAGAAGGAGAGUCUGAAAGAACACUAAAGGUUACUGAUGAAGAAGAUGUACAAGAAGAUGCUGAAUCUCUUCCUAUGCAACUCUUCCAAAGAACACCAUCAUCUCAUCAGGUAACCAACUUUCAUUUCCAUAGCUCUUCCAUCCCUGCUCUUCCGGAUGAGAUACCGGAAAUCUGGACAAAGAAGGUCCAAUGGCUGAUUGAAUCAGCCCUAGUAUCUCAACAUGCCUCCUUUAGGCAAGAGAUAGAGCAAAUGGAAGUCAGGCACACCCAGCUAAUAGAGAAAUCUGAAGGAAAACACAGCGCAGAUCUCAAAGAAAUAAGCAAAUCAGUGCAGAAGACUUUGGAGAUUAUCUCUCUAUUGAGUGAAACUAUGAGCAACACGAUGGAAAUAUAUGCUUCUGACAGUCAACUUCAACUCAAAGAGAUCAACAAAGUCAAAGAGCAAAUAGCGAGUGUCACAGUUAGUCUCCAAAAACAGAUGUCCCUUCUCCAAAUGGACAUCAGAUCAGCCCUAGCAGUAGCUUCUGCAAAUCAGGUAGUGACCAAAGACUACUUGAAGCCUAAGGAGUGUCUUCUUGUGUUUGGUAUUGAAUAAGUUUUGAGGUAAAAUUUAAGUAUAUGUGUACUUCAUAUUAUUUUAGAAUUCUAACUUUUGGCACAACUAUAUUUACUCAAUAUAUAUAAUAAUAGACUCACGAAAAUAUAAUAAUAAUUUUGAUCACAUGAAUCAUCUUCCAAAUAAAUUAUACAUUAAUUUUUUUUUGGACUGUGCAAUUGAUUUGUUUAACACCACAUUAGUAUUAAUAUAUAUUUAAAAAAAACAAAUUUAUUUUGAAUUUUAAUACUCAGUAAUUUGUAUUACAUGAAUAUCAUUAUUCCUUUUAGAUUCUCUGUGUUUUUUUUAUUAAAAAAAUGGAUAAUUUUUCAUCCAAGUUAUUUUCAUACGUAUAACAUUACUAAUAAAUUUAAACUUAUUGU